CUUGCUAAAUACUGACGCCUGAAAAUUGUUCUGUCACCGAGCACAACGCUGGUCUCACCGUACGUAUGUAAGUACUGACGUUGUCUACUAUUUUGAAUUUACGCGCUCUGGCCGCGCCGCAACAGAUGUUGUUGUUGGAGCAUGCAACAUUGUCGUCUGCUACCUGUGCUACGUCUGUGUUAUGGUGUCGGAAUAGAAGGGCACCAGUAAGGUCGGUAUUGCGCUGUCUGCGGACGUGAGAACGUUGCCUUGAUUUAGCUCUGUGGUUGUGGAGAAUAGCAGGUUAUCGCUAAUCAUUGUGGUUCGUUGCAAAAGUUCAUAAUGCUGUCCAGGCUGGUCAUCGCUCGAGUGGCUCCCCGUGCCAUUCUGGGAUCCCGAUGUUCUAGCUCCGUGGGCAAUCCUGGAUGUCCUCCUGGUCGUGAAAUUCUUACGGGUAUUGAAGAAGGUCCCGAGCGCGAUCUCGUGAACUUUCCCCGCCUCAAAAGGCCUCUCUACCCUGGCAAAGUCAGGAUGGGAAUAUUUCCCGAGGAGUGGUUUACAGCAUUGUAUCCGAAAACUGGAGUAACUGGCCCCUACCUGUUCGGCACGGGUUUACUUACGUAUUUGUAUUCGAAAGAAAUCUUCCUCCUUGACCAUGAGUUCUAUGUCGGUCUUACUAUUGUCAUAAUCCUUGCCACUACAAUUAAAAAAUUUGGACCCGAAUUGGCCAAGUUUCUCGAUGCCGAGAUGGACAAGGAAGAAGCCGAAAUGAAGAAAGAAGUCGACGAUGAGUUCACCUCUCACGAACAGGGCAUCAAAGAUGAAGAGCUCCACCAAUGGCAGCUGCAAAACCGCAUCCCAAUGCUGCUCGAAGCCAAAAAGGAGAAUGUCGCCCUGCAGCUGGAAACAGAGUUCCGCCAGCGUCAGUUGCAGGUGUACGAAGAGGUUAAGAAGCGCCUGGACUAUCAGCUCGAGGUUGUCAACAUUGAGCGACGCCUUCAGCAGAAACACAUGGUUGAUUGGGUUGUCUCUAAUGUUCUCAAAAGCAUCAGCGAUAAACAAGAGAAAGACGCACUGGCAAAGUGUAUUAGCGACCUCAAGAGCCUGGCGGCAAAGGCCUAAAUCUAUCUGUGUUUCCAGUCUAUAGCUUUUUCAGUCGGGGGUUAUAUAGAUGCGAGGGCAGAUUUUAUUUGGCGCAUGAUACUGCCCAUUCAUAACACUGCGAUCUGACUGGAAAAACGGAGAAGCGACCAACGUGGGUAUAAUCAAUGGACGUGAGGCUGCUCCAAAGAUCCAAUCCAAGGAAGGCUGCUCUUAGAUGACUGAACGAAUAUCACAGUCAGCACGGCAAAGUUAAUAAGCCAAGGGCUGGUGAUUCUAAAGGAGGCAGCAUUUUAUCAAGACCAACAGGAGUGUAUUCUAAAGCGGCGGGCUCACCAAGAGGUUGUUGAAAACAAAGUAAUCUACGGAAGAAUGAGCGUGUGCAGUGUGGUCUAAUAAUAAAUUUUAGCUAUCCUGUUCCAAGUAAGCAAAAGCGCUGCGUUAUUUUUCAGUAUCUAUAGAAAUAGGUAAGGAAAAACAGGUCUUAAGAAAAUUGGACACCGGUUAAUGUAGGACAUGCAAUAAAUGAGUAGCAUCCA